AUGAAGAAGGCCAACUUUGUUUCUAAAGAAGAGAUGGUUCAAGGCCAAGAAGAGGAGGAGAAUCAGUUUGCUGAAGUGUGCUACAUUAAGAAUGGACAAGGAGGUUAUCAAAACGGUUACUAUGGCUACAAGUCACACCCUACCAUGUCCUACAGUAACACUGAUGUUGCCAAUCCUCAAGAUCAAGUCUACCCUCCGCAGCAACAGGCUCCAGCGAGUCAGCCUCCACAGCAAGGAUAUGGUCAGAAAGGGAAUUUCCAGGGCCAUCAGGGAAAUUAUCAAGGACAACAGCAGAGUGUACCAACUGGGUAUGCACCUCAAGCGCCUCAGGCUUCACCAAGUCAGGAACAAGAAAUAAAAGCCAUGUUGAAGCAGCUCUUACAAGGUCAAGCAGAUGGUGCUAUGGAGAUAAGCAAGAAGUUGGCUGAGAUGAACUCUAAGAUUGAAUCCUUGAACACUAGAGUUCACUCUUUGGAACACCAUGCUUCUUCUUCUGCUGCUAAGCAAGGUCAAUUUCCUGGAAAGGCUGUUCAGAAUCCAAAGGAGCAUUGUAGAGCGAUCUUCACUCAAGAGGAAGGAUUUGAUCAACAAGCUGCUAAUGAGAAGGAUAUUGAGGAGAUCUGUAUGCUGCUUAAUAAUGAAGACAAUGUUGUUGCUGAUGCUCUGGAGUCCAGUACGCUCAACCUGAACUCGAUCGAGCCAGACCGUCUCACCAGCUCGAUCGAGUCAGAUGCUUUAUGCUCCAACACCAUUGAUGAUGACACCUACAAGCCCCCUGUUCCAUUUCCAAGUAGAAUCCUUACCAAGAAUCAGAAAAAAGUCAUCACCAAGUUUAGGAAUGACAUGAGUAAGAUUGGGGUUGAGCUACCAAAUAUGGGAAGUUUUCAAGCUGCUCAUGUCCAAAAGAAGAUGAUUAAGGACAUACUUGAUAACAAGGACGAAGUAGCUCAGCUUUUGGAGCCCUCUUCUUCCCAGGGUGAUCUCUUAUCCACACCAACCUCACUACCCAAGCUGAAUGGUCAGGGAAGCUUCACUCUGCCUUGUACACUUGGUCACCUACAACUUGAGGAUGCACUUGUUGAUUCUGGAGCAAGUAUCAAUCUGAUCUCUCUUGUUCUAAUACAGAAAUUGGGUAUACAGAGUCUGAUCCAGCGACCUAAGUCUUCUAUCAUGUUUGGGGAUGCUUCUUCUAAAGCCCCACUUGGUAUUGUCAUGGAUUUCCCUUUGAGAAUUGGAGAGUGCACAAUCCCAAUUGAUCUAACAGUUCUGGAUAUGGUUGACGAGAAGGAUGUGCCAUUGAUCUUAGGGACACCUUUCCUCACCACUGUUGGUGCCUCCAUUGAUUUCCAUACAAAGAAAGUGAUCCUGCACAAUGUCAACAGCAAAGUCUCUUACCCUCUCAAGGCAUCAAGCUCUAAAUAUUGUGGAACCAUUGCCACUAAGUCACUGAGCAUCAAGGGUGAUGAGUUUGCUGAGGUUGAAAAGAUGGAGAUUAUGACUGAGAGCAGCACAGAGCCAGUUAUUUGUGAACCUUGUGUUCUGGAUGAGAUGGGUCUUGCAGCCAUGUUUAGUGAGCAGCUAGGAAGUGCUCAAAAAGAUGGGGAGGGUAUGGCUUUGAAGGCGUCUCCUGGACAUAAAAGAAAGAUGAUCACGCCUCAGACUCUCUCAAGCGCUCCAUCCCAGCUUACCCUGACUCUGUUGCCAUCCAAGUUCACAAAUGGGAAGAUUGAGUACAAGAUCAAGUGCAAGAGAAAGUCUAAACCGUUUUCCAGUAUCAAUGCCUUGGUCAGUCCUGAGCUGCAAAAAGAUCAAACCAAGCUCAAGGAGCUCCUAUCUUCAGUCCUUACUGUCACAUUUGAUGGCGGGACCGCUCUCAUUCAUGCCUAA